AUGAUUCGAUUGAAUGUAUUGCUGAUAAUUAUGAUUAUAUCGACUAAAAUGGUUACGAAUUUAGUUUUAACAACUGUUGAUCUUAAACAUGAAUUAUUAACGGAAACAGUUGGAAGAUAUCGAUUAGCUGCUCGACAAUUACAUGAAAGUCAAUCAAUAAUACCAUUUAAAAUUCAAUUUCCAAUACAUGAUAUAAUUAAAAUAGAUGGUUCAACAAAUGAAUAUAUAUUUCGUGCAACAAUUGAAAUAAAUUAUCAAUUUGAAUUUCUUCAUUGGGAUUCAAAUGAUACAAAUAAUCGUUAUUAUGAUAUUGAUGAAAUUAUUUUAACUAAAACAAUUUUACAAAAUCUUUGGUUACCUGAUAUUCAUUUAAAAGAUGAAGAAUUUAUAUCAUUUAAUAUUGAACAUGAAUCAGCUAAAAUAACACGUGAUGGUUAUAUUAUAUGGAUACGUCGUGGUUUAUUUACAAUUGUAUCAUUAAUUGAUUUAACAUAUUAUCCAUUUGAUCAUCAAUAUAUACGUAUAAAACUAAAUAAUAAACAAAAAACAUUUAAAUUACAACAUGAAAAAAAUAAUAUAACAAAAAUAAAUUCAUAUUUAUCACGUUCAUUUAAUUUAUGGACACAAUUUUUUGGUAAUACAAAUAUAAAUUCAAAUGAAAAUUAUUCAUUAAUAUUUUAUGAAUAUAAUCAAUUAAUGAAACCUAUACUUUCACGUGGUUGGUUUGUUCGAACAGUUGGUGUUGAAUCAAAAAUUGAUAAGGAAAAUUUAAAUUAUUUAAAUAUAUAUAUUUUAAUGCAACGUCGUCGAGAAUCUCAUAUAUAUACAACUAUUUUACCAACAUUAUUUUUUUCUAUAUUUAUAGUUAUUUUUUAUUUUUCAUCUAUCAAAUCUUAUCAACGUUUAAUUAUUGGUUUAUUACAUAUUUUAUCUACAUUAUUAUUUAUAAUUCAUCUUGAUAAAAAAAUUUCAGCUGAAAAAUUAUCAUAUACACCUUUAAUCAUACGAUAUUUAUCAAUUAUAUUUUUAAUUGAAAUUUUAUCAUUAUUUUUUGAUCAUAUUAUACAUUCAAUAUAUCAUGGUGGAAUACAUUUUCUAUCAAAUUGGUUACGUAAAAAUGAAAAAUAUGAAACUCAACCAGCUCGUUUAUCACAUGUAAAAUUAUUAACACAUGGUUUAUAUUUAAAUAAUAAUGAAAAUGAUGAAAGUACAAAUAUAUUAAUGAAACAAUUAGUUGAACGUGAAGAAGCAUUAAAAUUUGAAGAUUACCAACAAUAUCAAUGGUAUCAACAAGCAUGUCUUAGUGAAUGUUUAUGUUGUUCAUUUUUCUUAAUUAUUAUUAUUGUUGUAUUUAUAUUCAUUUUUUUUAUUUUACCAACAUUCGGUUUACCAAAAAUGACUUAG